GUGCAGUACUGGGAAGGGACCAUGAUGUUCUCAGUGUGAGCACAUUGCUGCAGACACAGGACCUGUCACGACAGCUUGGACCCCAGUCUUUUUUUAUUAAGGACCUUGCAUGAUCCAGCGCCGGCUGUUCACUACCGUCAGCAGAAUGGUUGAAGAGGCCAAGAAACUUGCAGGAUAUGCGGCUGUAGACAACCACGUGAAGAACAAUCAAGCUAUUGGCAUUGGAAGUGGAUCUACGAUAGUCCAUGCAGUAAAGCGACUAGCUGAAAGGGUGAAAGAAGAAAAUUUGAAUGUUUUCUGUGUCCCCACAUCUUUCCAGGCACGGCAGCUGAUCCUUGAGAAUGACUUAACUCUGACUGACCUGGACCGGCAUCCUGAGCUUGAUGUAGCCAUUGAUGGAGCAGAUGAAGUGGACUCUGACCUCAACCUAAUCAAAGGGGGAGGCGGCUGUUUAACACAGGAAAAAAUAGUUGCUGCUUGUGCAAAAUCUUUCAUUGUGGUUGCAGAUUUUAGAAAAGAUUCCAAGAAUUUGGGGGAGCAGUGGAAAAAGGGCAUUCCUAUUGAAGUUAUCCCAAUGGCUUAUGUGCCAGUAUCCAAAGCUUUACAAGGUCAAUUUGGUGGUGUUGCUGAGCUGAGGAUGGCCAUUAGCAAAGCUGGUCCAGUGGUUACAGAUAAUGGGAAUUUUCUCCUUGACUGGAAGUUUGAUAAGGUUCACGACUGGAACACUAUCAACACAGCAAUUAAAAUGAUACCAGGUGUGGUAGAUACUGGCCUCUUCAUCAAUAUGGCUGAGAGGGUGUAUUUUGGAAUGGAAGAUGGAACAGUUAGUGUCCGCGAUAAACAUGCCCUCUAAUUCCUAAGUUGCCAGCCGUUCUCUGUUGUCAUGGAAUGUUUGUGCCAAGUAGACUUCUACUUUCUUCCCAUGUUCCACAUUGUGUAUUUCAUUUGCUGUUUUGUACUCUACAGUUUGUUUGUUUUUUUUUUGUUUUUUUUUAUAGUUUUUUCCACAAAAAUGGCAUACAGGCAUCUUAAUGGGUUAUGACUUGCUUUGAUGACCACACUUUAAACUUUUAAGUGCCAAGUGAAGUGUGUAUUGUACAAUGUGCCAUUUGCUGUGACAUUUAGAACAUAACCCUUAGCUGUUUCCACCGAAUCGGCUACUCUUGUGCCAUUGAAAGGGUAAAGAAAAAAACAAUUGUAUUUCCAUAUUGGUUUUGAAAGUUAAGUCAAAGAGUAAAUAGCUGAAAAAUGCAAAAAAAAUUAAAAAAAAAUGUACAAUGCACGGUUCUCGAACAUUUUAAACCAUCAUUGAAACACUUGUAUAUUUUUUUUAUGUUUAUCUGUGCCUUAUGCAGUUAAUUUCUGUUUUUUAUAUUUUUCUGUAUCUCUUUGCUAUUUCAAGUCGGUGCUUGACAUUUCUAGGCAAUGCCCUAUAUUCCUGCACUGUGGUAUGCCGUCCAAUAACUACAUAACAAAUGGGAAAUAAACUUUUUUGGUAUCGUCCAACCUGCAAGUACUAAUUUAGGUAUUUUUUUUUAUUUUUUUUUAUUUUUUGUU